GCGAGGGCUCGCUGGCAUCCGUGCAGCCCACAGGCUGGUCAACUGAGUUCGUGGUCGUGCUUGUGGUGAGCUCCUUCGCAUACGGCAUCGUCGUAGGCGGCUUCUUCAUCAAGAGCUCUCGGACGGCCCCCGUGGUUCAGCCCGCACCCGCUCCAGCACCUCUGCCCGAGACGGUGGACACGCUCGACCUUGCGACGGCGGCUGCUGCCCAGGCGAGGCUCACGUUGCUGCCAGGGUACAUCCUCACCCCCGACGAUGACGACUACGCGGAGAGCGACCUGGCUGGCGACGACUUGAGAUCAGUGCAUGACUCGGCGGGCCAGGGCGACGCAAUCGUCGGAGUCGCCGCCCAUAGGCUCUUCAAGUUCAGGCGGCUGCCGUCCGCAGCCGUCGUCUGGGCUGCUGUGCGCCGCGGCGUCGCUCAAGGCCACGGACCUCUGCCGCCGUCGCCCUUCAACUUCGAGCUCAGCGCCGACAACGUGUUGGGCGUGGCGGCGGGGGCGCUGGGCUUGCCCGACCCGCUCGGAGCGGCGCCCGCUGCCGCAGCGCCUGGCGCCCUGGCCUUGGCGGGCGCGGCCGUGCCCCCCGCGGGCGCCCCUGGGCCGCCCGCCGCCGUGGCCGCGGCGCCCGAGGCCGGGGUGGGCGCGCUGGCGGCGGCGCUCGGCGCGGGGGGGGCCGCCCUGCCUGCUGCCGCGGACCCUUUGGGCGUCGGCGGCGCCGCCGCGGCCCCCGCCGCCCCAGGCGUCGCGGGACCUGAUCCCCGCGCGAUGGCCACCGUGCUCGACGCUCGUGGGCUGCGGGACAUGCCCUUCAGUGGCGCCGCGAAGCGCCAGACCGAGGCCGCCCGCGCCGACUGGCCCGUGAGGGGCCCUAGGACCACGACGCGGGUGCCCCACUUCAUGCUGCGCAUGGUUGGCGGGGCGAUGGCGUGGCACAACCGCUGGAUGGCCAUGAUACAGGCCCUGGAGACGGACGACACCGCCAAGCUCCACGAGACGCUGCGCCGCGUCAUCGAGACCUCGCUCUGCCACGACCAGCCGAUCAUCUGCGAGCUGGCCUCCUACGAGUUCCUUUCGCGGCAGCUGCAGUUGGUGGAGGAGCGCUUCUUCGAGGAGCGCGCGCGCAGGACUCAGCCUGCGCCCAAGGCCAAGGGCCAGGCCAAGGACGGCGCCGCGUCCGCGGCCGCCGAGGCCUCCUCGGAGAUUGGCCACUUCCUCGGCACGGGAGAGACGAUGGGCAAUUUGUGCAUUUGCCCAGCCUUGAUGGACUGGAUCGCCGGCCAGAUGAAGAGGGGCCUUGCGACGUGUUACCGGUUCGUGAGCCUGGCCAGCUUUGCCCCGAGCCCUUCGUGGCCCCACCUGGCCUGGAGUCACCCAGGCGAGGUGACCGUCGCCAGCGUGACGUUUUUCCGCUCCCUCUUCUUCCAGUGGAUGGGCGUCGCCAUCUUCCGCUUGGUCGGGGUGCUCGUCUACGAGCCGCCAAAGGCAGCCUCAGUGGACUACAUCGCGGGCUUGUACCGCGACUUCGAGCUGCCCGCCGCCUACUCGGAGAGAGGCCGCGAUUGCGAAGCAUCCCUCGUAGAGAUGCUCGCGCAGGCACCUGGCUACGCUGGCGACAGCGGUCGUGUGCGCCCCUUCAGCAUGCCACUUGUGGCCUGGCCCGAGUCGACGAAGGCAGUCUCCACCUGCGGCGUCGUCUCCGAGGCCGACUCCAUCGUGCUGCAGGGUUGGAGGCAGAGUAUGCUGAAUCCCGAGUCGGUGGCGGCGGAGCUCCGUGAAUCGUUGGGGGUUAGUCGCCCCUAUGUGGAUCCCGAGCUGCGCUUUAAGCCGAAGUCCUACGCUGAGUUUUUGAAGCAGCUGGAGGCCCACGACAUGAUCACCUGGCGGGUCUCCAGCGAGCAGGCACCCUUCUCUACUGGUCUUUUCUUUGUGCUGAAGACUAACGGCAAGCUCAGGCUGGUGUUCGACACCAGGCUGGCCAACUGCAGCUUCUCGUGCCCACCAGCCACUCGCCUGCCCACGCCCAGCGCGUGGGCCAGCCUUGACUGCGACGACGGUUUUCAGUUCGCGCAGGGCGACAUCCAGUGUGCAUUCUAUCGUUUGCGACUGCCCGCUGGCAUGGAGUCUCUCUUCUCUUUGCCACCGAUAAGGAACAGAUUCCUCGGCCUCAAGUCGGUCAACGGGGUUCGUCUCGGCGUCGACGAUUAUCUCCAGCGUCUUGUCACGGUCGUUCCCAUGGGGUGGAGUUGGGCUCUACACUUGUGCCAGAGUGCGCUGACGAGAGCCCUGUCGGAUGUCGGGUUUGGCAGUGACGAUAUGAUUCUGGAUGGGGGAUGUCCUCGUCCCUUGGUGGCGGAGAAGGACGCGGUGUGUGCUGGUUAUGUUGACAACUUCUGUGUCGUAUCCAAGUGCGCGGAGACAGCCACGUCCCUUGCUCGUGCCGUUGCUGACCUUCUCACUGCCCGCGGGUUGCCUGUCUUGGAGUUCUCCCCUGCGGUCUGUAAGGGGGUCUUCACGGGCUUGGAGAUCGACGGAACCUCUGGGAUCAUUCGCGUUCGUCCUGACCGCCUCGCUUGCACUCGGCAAGCCGUUCUCGGACUGUUGAAGCGCGGGCGGGCCUCUGCUGGGGCCCUCAGCGUGCUCGUAGGCCACUGUACCUGGGGGAUGAUCCUGAGGCGCGACGUUCUGAGCAUCUUUAACGCGGUCGAUCGGUUCAUGGGGGCUGUGGGACCCCAUCCUAGACCCUUGUGGCCCUCCGUCGUCAGGGAGUUGUCGGCUGCCGUGGCCCUCAUCCCGCUCUGGAGUGCCUCUACAAG